AAUAAUUAUAUACAAAGCAGAAUUCUAAAUCACUUUAGCGAACCUAUCUUGAAACUCGAAUUAUUUUUCAGUAUGGAGUUGUUGCAGGAUAUGAACAGACUAUUAAGUAGUAACACAUAAAUCGGGCAAUUCUUUUUCGUUGUGUUAACCUAUUAUCUUUUGAACAUAAAUACAUUUUUGACUUUUUAAGUUUCAGACAUUUUAGUUGUCAUUAAGAUUGUCUCUGCUCAAGAUUUACUAUAUUCACAUGCGAGUGACCUGUGUACAAUAAAGUAUGUUUACAAUUUGUUAAGUACAUAAUAUUAUUUGUCAAAUUAUAUUAUAUCGUUUUAAUUGAUUAAUUAUUUGAAAAUGAACAAUCACUAACGGUAAUGGGUGAUUGUUGCUGCAAAGAAAAGGAGCCCGAUGAGACAAUAUAUGCACCCACUACAACACCGGUGGUAUCCGCGAUGAUUGACAAUCGUUUGCGGAUACCCAAAGUUGUUGAACCUAAAAUAGUUGAUCAAUUGGUGCUAGAAAUGCUUACAGUGGCAGCAUCCCGAGUUGAUACUGACGAGGAAUCGCCCGUUCCUCUCGUGAAGCUCCACGUCAUAGCUGAUAAAGAAGAGGGAUGGAUACAAAUGGUAACGUCAAUGGUGAAUGUUAUCCCCUUAGAAGAUCCCUUCGGCCCGACAGCUAUUUCUAUAUUACUAGACGAUUGUCCAUUGCCGUCCAAAGAAUCAGUUAUAAGAGUGACACGUAUGUACGCACUGUCCGCGGAACGCGCAACCAUUGGCGACGUGAACACACGCGUUGAGCGCAACAUAUGCGUCGUGUUGGGAUGUAUCGCUGAGAAGUUAGUGGGACCAAACAGCAUGGCUGUACUUACAAACGAUACACUCGAAUACUUACUCGCUUUUUUGACGCCAAAUAGUGCUCCGUACAUUGUAUUGUUUGCGCUCAUUGCGCUUGAGAAAUACGCGCACACAACGGAGAAUAAGUUGACAAUAAAGAAUCGAUUCGAGCAAUUAGACGAGCACCCUUUAUUGGAACUGGAAAAAUAUGCCGAUAGUGAUAAUUACCUAUGGCGACAGGUCGGUUUCUGCGCUAACUGGCUCCUUGACAAUCUGUUUAUCGUUGAGGGGAGGAAGUUGUCUUACGAAACCGUGGACAUGUCUGGCAUAAACGCUUUACUUAACUGUCACGACGUCAGUGAAUACUUGCAGAUAUCAAGCAACGGCCUUGAAGCGAGAUGUGACUCUUAUUCAUUUGAAAGCGUCCGCUGUACGUUCCAAGUGGAUAGCGGGUGUUGGUACUACGAAUCUAUUAUAAUAACAUCUGGUGUCAUGCAGAUCGGAUGGGCAACGAAAAACAGCCAUUUUCUAAAUGAAGAGGGCUAUGGCAUCGGUGACGAUAUGUUCUCGUUGUCCUACGACGGCUGUCGUAAGCUAGUGUGGUACAACGCCAAGCCGACCCGUGUUACUCACGUACCAGCUUGGCGUCCUGGCGACGUACUCGGCUGCCUAAUCGACAUCACAAAAAAGGAAGUAAUCUUCUCACUCAACGGACAACGACUCUCGAUAUGCAAUGAAAUCUUCGAAACAACCAAGUACGGUUUCUUCGCUGCAGCUAGUUUCAUGGCGUACCAGCAGUGUCGUUUUAACUUUGGCUACGAACCGUUCAAAUAUCCACCCGUCGAUAGAGAAUUUUCCGCAUUCAAUGAUUACGGUGAACUGACCGAUGAACAGAAAAAGGUUAUACCUCGACGAAUAUAUCUAGAACAAUUGCGAUGUUCAAGCGUAAAGGAAGAUUCGUGUACGCUUUGCUUCGACGAUACCGCGUGUUGCAUUCUUGAGCCUUGUGGACAUCGUGGCUUCUGCUCCGUGUGCACAUCCCAACUGAAGGAUUGUCCAAUGUGUCGGGCUGAUAUUUUGAACGUGAAACGCGAGAUCACAUGACAAGGCGGCCCUUUAUUAAAUCGCCUCUAUCGUCGGUUUACGUAACAUUUCAUCGCUCACCACACCUAAAACAGCGGACAACAUUUAAUUCAUAUUGACGAAUGAAAAAUACCGUAGACAAUUGCUUAUUUUUAGCGAUCAAAUUGCUUUACAUAUUCCAUACAAAUCGCUUGACAAUAAACAACAUUGACGAUAAGGAUAUCUCUCUAUUACAUUGACUGUCAGUGCUGUCUAGAGAUCGAUAAAGAAAUUUGGAAACGAUUCGCCAAUUAUGCAUUUUGUCUAUGCUCGCAGAUAUUUUUUUAUAUAUCAAUAGGCAAAUUUUGACUGAAUCCUUCGGCGUGUAUCGAUUUAAACGUUAUAUAGAUGCAUUUAUUUGUAUUUACACAUAUUUCAGAGCUGUUUGUCGCAUUUUAACUCUAAACUUAACAGAUAAAGGAACAAAACGUUAAAUUAAAUCAAG